CAGUCAAGUACUCAUUGCCAAGUAUACAAUAUGGAGCUUAUUCUCAUUUAAAAAAGUGCGAAUGUGUCGAAACCUUUAUAUUUUGCAGCUUGUUUAUACAAUCUAAUAUUGUCUGACUGAAAGACACAACGAUGUUUGAGAAUCUGGAGUACUCUAUAUGCCAAAUUAUAUGCUACGAGUUGCGCCAUUCUGACUCUAUUAGCUUAUUGAUUGGUAGUUUAAAAAGACUAUUUGGCAACUGAGCAUUUAUAAUUGGGAGAUGUAUAGAUUAUUUCAUAUUCAGGUAUUUUUAAUAGUUAUGAAUGCAUAUCGAACUUUAUAGUGUAACUCACUUUCUUAUCGCCACUGUACGAAUUGACAUUUGUAUUUGUGAUAAGAUGUUAUGACGGUUUCGUUUAAAGUAUUUAAGAAAGUAAUACGUGGCACACUAGCUACGAGAACGCUGGUCUGGCAACAGAUCAAACAUGAUUCUGAUUUUACGCAUUUGCCUCGCCACAGCUAGUUUUAGCUGCGUCUACUGUUUGACUUGCCUUCAUUGUACGGACAUAGAAAGUCCUCGCCACUGCAAACACGUGAUGGAAUGCCCAUCAGGAGAGGUAUGCCAUAUGCACAUGACCACCACCAAAUAUGGCGAAGUGCUUUAUGACCUUGGUUGCACAGAGACAUCGACGUGUUAUAAUCGUUCCCAUGGCAACCAGUUAUGUGACGACUGCUGCAGUACUGACCUGUGCAACGCAGCCGGAUGUGGACAUACCGGCUUUCCAUCAGGUCGAGGUCCUAUAUGCUACAGCUGUUCCGCUCAGACCACCGAAGGGUCAUGUCACACCAUUGACUUUUGUGCCACCAACGAAAUGUGCAUGAUAAAUGAAGAGCGCGAGUUUGGUGACAGGGUGUACACAUCUAGAUGUGCUGUUAACGCGCAUUGCGAAAACCAAAACACAGAGACUGCGGCCAUUAUUGGCAGGUCGGUAUCGCAACACAGCAGAUCUGUAACGGAAACGAUGUGCCACCAAUGUUGUCAUAGAGAUCUUUGCAACGCGCAUUGUGUUCCUAUUACGAAAGCGGACUAUUGCGCAUCCACUCCAUGCGUGAAUGGAAGAUGUGACAACAGCAUGACGGGUUAUACGUGUGUCUGCGACCAAUUGUACACGGGACAGAACUGCUCUGAAGUGGAUUAUUGCGCAUCGACUCCAUGCGUGCAUGGAAGAUGUGUCAACGGCAUUACGGGUUAUACGUGUGUCUGCGACCCAUUGUACAAUGGACAAAUCUGCUCCGAUGUUGACUACUGCUCAACCACUCCAUGUGUGCAUGGAAAAUGUGUCAACGGCAAGACGGGUUAUACUUGUGUCUGCGACCAAUUGUACACGGGACAAAACUGCUCCGAAGUGGACUAUUGCGCAUCCACUCCAUGCUUGCAUGGAAGAUGUAUUAACGGCUCGACGGGUUAUAAAUGCGUCUGUGAGCUAUCGUACACUGGAAAAAACUGCUCCGAAGUGGAAUAUUGCGCAUCCAAUCCAUGCGACCAUGGAAGAUGUGUCAAAGGCAUGACGGGUUAUAGAUGUGUCUGCGAUCCAUUGUACAUGGGAAAAUGCUCCGAACGUUUAAAGAAAGAUUGCCGGGAUCUAAGAAGCAUCACCAACGUCAGUGGAGUAUACAAGAUACAACCAGAAGGGAGCAUGCAGACAAUUGAUGUAUACUGCGAUAUGACAGCGGAUGGCGGUGGAUGGACGGUUUAAAGUACAUACAUAACAUGACAUUCUACUCACGAUCUGAACUGCGGAUCGAGUUGAUGAAUUCACGACUUAGAACGGGGUAUGGAAUGUAUUCUAAUUUCUGGGUGUCGGCAUCACCGAAUUACACGCUAAAUGUGGACCGCGGACACGGAAACAUCAGUUUAGAAGAUACAUUUGGUAUGGAUUUUUACGCUGGGUAUAGAUUUUUAACAUAUGACAAUGGUGACAUUAACAACGCGUCCCUUAUCGGGCAUGGAGGAUGGUGGUAUCGUGGAUGUUCUUAUUGUGGAACAGUGAAUUUGAAUGGCCAAUACAUUACGCCCGGAACAAGGAAUUACCCCUACGAACAUGCUGCAGUCUUUUAUUAUAGUUUUGACCUCUAUUUUUCCUUGAAAGAGACGAAAAUGAUGUUCAGGAGAAUUUAACAAGUAUCUAAUGCUGACCAAUAUGAGGAAUACAAUAUUAUGUUUCCGAACCUUCUGCUGCUGUCCAUUGAAUUGUCAAGUACGUUUUGUGCGAAAUAAGCAUUAGCUGGCAAUAUUUCAUAACAUGUGUAUAUAUAUUUACGCUCAAACAAUAAUAAUAUUAUAAUUAAAAUUUUAUAUAAAAAAACGUUCACAUUUUGUUGGACGACACAUUUUCUUAACAUUUAUGUACACAAAUUUAUCAGCUCAUCGUGCUAAUUCAAUAACAGUUUAAUAAAGAGUAAAUUAUCUUGUUCCAAAUUUAUUUGUCAUGAAAUAAAGUACCUCUCAAAGAUUCCAUUCACAUGUGUUGAACAGCACUACAUAGUUGUAAGAGAUAAUACAUGUAUACUUAAGGUUCAUGUAAAGUCCCAAAAUGACCCCAUAUAGAUGAAAUUUUAAAACAUAAAAAUGAUCAGUUAUACCCAAAAUAAGUUAAUGAAAUUUACAUAUGGUUGCAAUAAUCACAUUUUUAUUCCAUAUUUGUACACAAUUAAAAAAAAAACACUCACAAAUGGUAGUAAUAAUGUAAUUAUUAUCAAAAAUAUUGCAAGGUAUGGCAAAUUCUCAAUUUUAUUAAAAAAACACAAAUGCACCAAAUAAAAACACCAACAGUAUAUGCAAGUUAUAUGUAAGGUACUCCGAGCAUUGAAUUGCGUCAAUACAGCCCCACAAAGACACUAUGCGUAUUUCAAAAUGAACAUGUCAAUGCCAUGAGUCGCUAUUUAUAGAUUUUGGAAAAAUACUAACUUUCUGCGCGCAUAGCAUGCGAUCAAUAAGAGUUAUGAUCUUAUAAAAUAAAAUUAAUGAAAAUAUAUCAUUUUCAUAAUAUCUCCAUAACAAUGACACUUACUUGAAACGCACUAUUUGAAAAGAAUCUUGAUAUAAUUGACUCUCCUCCCGGUUUAAUUUCAUCGGUCGUCCAUCUUGGUCAGAAAUGUGUAUUGAUUCGUAUUUGCGAAUUUGUUAAAUAUUGCUUAUAUUAAAUAUUUACUUUAUAACAUAACUUGAAAUUACCUCAUAAACAAAUUAUACAAAUUUUAGAACAAACGGAUCGUGAGUAAUUUAUCAAUGAUCGAUUUUGAAACGAAAUAUUUUUCGAAUAUACUUCCGGCAAAUAAUGGCUUCCUGAACAAGUAAACAUGACAAGACAAUAAAAAAGCACUUUUUCAUCGAUGACAAGGUUUUUAUAGAAAUGUAAGUGUUCAGUUGGUUUAAUAUGUGCGUGUGCCCAACAUUUGUAUAAUUCAUUUUUCCGAUCCCACCAAUAUUAUGCCUAGAUCGUUAAUUGAAAUAUUGUUAUGUCGACUUCCUUGAAACCGGAUGUUUUAUGCCCCACAUGUUUAACUAACGUGUAUGGAGUCCGAGAUCUGACAUAAACAUGUUGUAAUUUGUUUUAAGGUAGCCAAUUAGUCGUCUUUCCGAGUCCUAUAUAUUUCAAAUGAACAAUCAAAGUGUUUUCCCUUUUGGUAAUAUAGUUUAUUUUUUGUAAUUGUGUCAUUUUGUGACUAUAAUGAGUACUGUAUUGCGAGUAGAUAAGUAAUUUUGAAAAUGAAGGUUCACUGGUAAGUCCACCAUACUUAAAGUAGUUCCCAAUUAUUGUGUUAACUUUUGACAUUUGUUUUAUGUUUUUCUUUUCCUUAUUUUAGGAUUGUUGGUGUGUGUUGUGUGGACUUUUCAUUUGUAGUACCUAACAUUAAGUGUAUACAAUAUUUUGACCAAAGGAAUUUGUUCAAUUUAACUCCGUUUGUUAUUUUGAUAAUUUCAUGCAUGCGCUGUAUAUUUCUUCAAAAGCAACAUUUUGCAUCAUAUUUUUUUUUAUUAGCAUUUUCUUAUAUGUUCUACAAGUGUUAACGAGGCUAUUGACUUAUAAAUUGAAUUUAUUGCCAUAAUAUUUAUUGAAGUAUUUCUAUGUGAAGAAUACGUCUUUUUACACUUUACAUGAACCUUAAUAUAUUGAUCUAUAAUAUUUAUACAUUUUAAUGUUUUGUUUAAAUUAUUUUUCAACACAUACACAUAUGCAUAGCUGUAUAAAAAUGUGGUAUUUCAAUCCCACCCAAAACUAAAUUGUUUAUGAAGACAUCAAGGAUUUCUUACUAAAGCGGACUUUUUAAGUGAAUCGUUUUUUCCGGAAUUAUAUCACCUUGAGUUAAGAAUUGCGAAUACAAACGGCAGAUUACUAGUAAUCUACACGCUAAAUAAGCGUACACAAUAGCCUCCCUUAGUUAUAUAAAUUAAUAGUUAUUUUGUUAACGGUUAUGUUUUCGUUAAAUUUCUUUGAAACCUUUUUUCUCUGAACAAUAUAAAAUUUGAAUACAUAUGCCAUAGCUGAGUAAAGGGCAUAAUAUAUUGCAUGUUCCUUAUCUCCGAGAGUGUGUAUUAAGUCGUCUUCAAUAACUGGGUUCAUCUUGCUCAAACAUGCACCAUGGGAUGAACUUAAUUUAUACGUAGAUUGUCUUGAAGUGAGGCAUAUUGGCUUCGAAGUGUUUUGUCAGAAGUAUGUCGCUUUGUUUAGAUUUUUCACCAUAGAAUAUGUUGUCCAUUUGUUUACUCAUCUUUAACUACUGGUUGGAUUGCGCUUAAACUUUCCCUUUUUUUUAAUUGCGUAUAUGUUUAAUGAUCAUUUUGAAAAGGGAUUAAGUCUAACAUGAGUUUUUUCCUAUUAUGGCUAUUUGUCUGUUGUUUUUUUCCAUUAAAAAAAUAUAUAUUCCCAAAUA